AUGGCGAUCUCAAUUGAAGAUUACGAAAUCUAUUGCAAUGUGAUUCCACUUCACAACAUUGUUGAACCACAGGAUGCUUCCUUCUCAAGAAAUAUGUUCUCCAUCAAGGUCAUCGCCACCUUCAUGCCUCAUCUUGAUUCAGCGAUGGAGGAAGCAGAUGAUGAUGAAUCAAAUUCACUGCUUCUUUACGCCAACUUGGAAUGUGACACUAGCCAACGCACAUUCCUAGUUGAACGCGACCGUUUCUUGCAUCCAGAAAUAUCCAGGUCUACUGUUCGUCAAAUUCUUCUUGAUAUGAAUGUUCCUAUUCAGGAAUUCUUGAUAGAACAGAUUAUGUAUAACGUUCGUCGAUUUGGAACUGACCAUGAUAAAUACAAUGUGAGUCCUCGUAAGGUUCUGCAUUUGGUGGUUAACAUUGAAGUUCCUGCAAUAAUCUCUGAGGUUGCGAGUGAUGAUGAUCCCGCAGAUUUAAGCCUGCUAGUGCCUGCAACUAAAUCAUCCAUUGAAGCUUUGGAGAUUGUGAAAGUUGACCGUCCUAUGAAUCAACAGUCCUGUAGUUGUUUAGAGGAGAUUUUGAUUGGUUCAGAAGCAAUUUGCAUGCCACUACAAGAAAAAAGGAGAUUUGAAACCAAAUCAGUGAAAAUCUGUUUCUAA